UCUUAACAAUCCAUGCAGAGACUCAUCCCCCCCUCAUUGCUUGAUAUCGAAAACGAUUCUACGGAAAGAAAUAGGCGAGAGGCACUCUGAAGAAUUAACUGCAAUUCUUCCCCCCCUCCCUCUUCCUCCCUCUCUCCGUCCGGUGUUCAUACGCGGCCGCCAUGGUCUCGCGAAAGCGCACCCGCUCCGAGCUGGACGCGGUCUCUGCGCCACAUGCGAAGCGCGAGGAGGAAAGCGAAGAUGGCGAUAAAGAGCCCGGCUUGCUUGAGCGUCUGCGCAACUGCUGGGAAUUCGCAAAUCUCAUGCAGUAUAUUACGCUCUUUGGGCGGAUCAUGAAGAUCGACGAGGAUUUUGAGAUUGAUGAUCUGGAAGACGAGUGCAUGAAACCUGGUCACUCGGAAAAGUUGCUAGAGAUCGGUUUGUGUCUGCUGAAAUGGGUUUCGUCGCAUCGCGGUCUGAACUCCGACAACUUUGACGAAUAUACCCGCCGUCAAUACAAUGCCAAAGCUCCCCAUCUGGAGAACCCCUUCGGCCACGACGAGACACCCAAGCGGUUCUGUGACUUUGACAUCUUCCUCAAACUGCGCGUGCUGCACCAGCUGUCCGUGUGGACGUUCUGGAACGCAGACCGGAUUCGUGAAAAGAUGCCGGAACAGAGAGAAUGGGACCAGACACAAUGGCGCAUCGAGGAACUAGGUUACGAUCGCCACGGCCGGUAUUAUUACGUGCUGGAUGAUAACCGUCUCUACCGCCGCACUGAACCUCCUAUCCCUCCUCCCAAACCGUCGAAGCCGAAGAAGAACAGCAGAAGUGCUCGUGCCGCGCGAGCGUCGAAACGGAGGAGGUUGACGGGCGGUGUGGCUGCCGCCGACGACGAGGGGGAAGAUGCCGGCGCAGAUGCCGAUGGCAAGGAGCAGUCGCCCGGCGACUCGUACGAGAUCCAAUGGGAGUGCAUUGCCAUCACGCGCCCGGAAUACCAGGACUUCGUCGACUCCAUUCAGAAGACCAAGGAUGCGGAUGAGAAGAUCCUGCGGGACCGGCUGGUCAAGCAAGUCAUGCCGGUCAUCGAAAAAGCCGACGAAGCCCAGGAACGGAAGCGGGUCAAGCGCGAAAAGGAGCUGCUGAACCUGCAGCUGCUCGCCGGUGCGAAGCGGUCCAGUCGUAUCGCGCAAAAGACAGAGAAAGAGCGCCAUGAUCGCGAAGCCGCCGAAGCCGCCCGCAAACACGAUCUGGAUCUCGCCGUCGCGCGCAAGGAGCAGGACGCCCUUCAGCAUAUGGAAAGGGAGCGACAGUCGCGCAUCAUGACACGCGAACGCCGCAUCAAGGACCGCGAGCAGAAGCGUCUCCUGCACGAGGCCGAGCUGGCUAAGAUCGCCGAGGAGCAAGAGAAGCUGGAUCGCGGCGAAAGUCGUGUCUCCCAGCGCCAACUCAAGGCCGAAUUGGAAAAACAGAAGAAAAGCCUUGAAGAGCUCUCCCAGGAAGAUCAGUGGACAUUCGAUUGCUCGGGCUGCGGCGUCCACGGUGAGAAUCUUGACGAUGGUUCGCAUAGUGUUGCUUGUGAGAAAUGCAGCGUCUGGCAGCACAGCAAAUGUCUCGGAAUCGCCCAGAGCGAGGCUGAACGUGAUGACUUCCAUUUCAUCUGCGCAGACUGUAAACGACGAGAGGAGGAGGCGAAACUGCCCAAAAUCCCUCCCCUCAAGUUCCGCGUCGGUGCUUCCUCGUCACCACCGUCCAAGACCAUCCCGUCCGAUGGUCCAAUGUCUCCCUUGAAAAAGAAAUCCGAACCUACGAUGACGACCGGGGGAUCUCCUCGCCCUACGAAUCUGGUCUCGCAGCCAUUCCAUCUUCCUCCCGUUUCCCCCGAGCGUCGUCCGCACUCGCAGCAUGUCCUGACGAGUCCUCGAGCGCCUUUCUCGCCCCUGAAGAGUGCCAACGGCUUGCAUUCACACCACCAGUCUCCGAAACCGCUGUUCUCUAAUACGCAGCCCCCUCUUCCGCCGUUGCCUCAAAACGGCUCAUUCUACUCCCAGCGGCCCUCAUCUUCCCACUCAGUGCACAGCCCCCGGAUCAUGUCGCCCAUCCAGAACACCCCUUCGAUGUCCCCGACCCAGGGUAAUCACGACGUCGGUCCCCUUGCGGGAUUCCCCCCUCAGGCAGCCUCGGCCAAUGGAGCAUCAAGGCCGUGGACCCCAUACGGGCAGCAGCAGCAGCAGCAGCCGCAUCAUCAUGAUCCUCAUUAUCAUAACCAUCAGAACCCACACCCUGAGGCCACAGGCCUCCCACCCGUCUCCUCUAUUCACAGCAGUUACAACUACACCUCCUCGUUCUCAGCGACCGCUACACCCAGCGGAGGACUUCAUCAUCCACGCUCCUCCCCGCCUCAGAGUUCACACGGGCUACCCUCUUCAGGGAUCAGUCCUGUGAAGAAUUCGCCUCGUCCGGUGACCGCGGGUGGGCUCAUUGGUGCUCCCGUUCUCCCACCCAUCCAGCGCCUGGAGCCCAGCCCCAAACUGAUGGGCCGCAGCUCGCCGGAUGCGCCGAUUCCGCCGCCCGUCAAGUGCAUGACCCCGGAGCAGGAGGAACGCCGACAGCGCGAGAACGCGUUGAUGUUCCAGAACCAACCCAUGUCCUCGCCAUCGUUGAAUCGCCUUCCCCCGUUAGGACCGUCGGCAUUGAGCCAGUCUCAUGAGGGGCGUAAUCGACCGGAAUGAUUCCACCAGAUGACUAUCGGUAGGUAUCUUGCCUGGAUUACUUGAUACUGGGCUAUGAGGGCUGAUGAAUGUUCUUGGUUUUUGGUUGCUUCUUUUGCUUCUUGUACGCUGAAUUACUUACUACAUUGGUAUCCCCCCUGGCAUGGCAUGGACACUGGACGCGGGGAGUUGGUCACGGUCACAUGUAUUCUAUUAGACUAGAAUUGAUAAUGAUUUUAUACAGAG